UUUGGCAGUGUAUGCUUAUCUCUCAAAGUAAAAGGUGAAUAUAGAGAGACAAUGACAGUUACAAAGUAUUUCCUAGUUUUCAGCUUUGUUGUUUAUUGUGAAUCUCUUUUAAUUACACAUGAUUCUCCUCGCAAUGUGGUGAAAGUUUUACAAAUUGACAAUGGUGAUGACUGGGGUACUUGGAAUCCUCCUCAAUAUUGUGCUGACGGGCAUUUUGCAAUGGGAUACAAUAUGAAGAUUGAGGUUCCUCAAGGUAGCGGCGACGAUACUGCACUCAACAGCAUUCUGCUGAAAUGUGGGUCAGCAGCUGGUCAGUACGGUGGAUAUAUAGUUUCCGGUCAAGGUACUUGGGGUGGAUGGGUAGGAGAAACAUUAUGUGAAAACACAGAAACUCAAAAGUUCUUGACAUCGUUUGCUCUACAAGUAGAAAAUAGACAGGGAGGUAGCGAUGACACAGCAGCUAAUUUCGCAAAAUUCAAAUGCCGAGAUUUUGAUGUAGAGCCUGAAUAUGAUCUUGCACAUCCACCAGGACAUGGCGAAUGGGGAUCCUAUGGGGCAUGGAGCCAGAGUUGUCCUCUUAGUUCGGCUAUUUGUGGUAUUCAAACUAGAGUAGAGUCUCCACAAGGUUCCGGGGACGACACAGCGCUAAAUGACGUCAAAUUCUAUUGUUGUUCUGAAUAA